UGCAGAUUUAGACACAUGGAAAUGCAGCAAAAUUGCAGCAUUUCAUGUUUUUGGGAAACUCAGCCUCUUGGUUGUGUGAAGAUCAGUUGUAUCUUUUAUCACAGCAAACCUCGAAAUAUCAAUGGAUUAUUUUUGCCACCAAGUAGCAAUACCACACUACAGAAAGAAAGUCAGGAAGGAAUUCCACCGGUGAACCACAGUCAGGAACCUCUGAAACCUCAGGAUAACAUAACACGACCCAUUCAUCAUCCUUUAGUUUUAAAAACUAACUUUGAGGAUGAAGAGGAGGAAGGAGAGGAACAAAAUGAUGCUUCUAGUUUAUGGACAAAGACUCCUGAAGAAAUUGAAGAAAAAAGAGCAAUAAAGGAGAUGUGUUAUAAAUCUGGUGAAUACUAUAGAUUUCAAACUCCUCCAGAUAUUUCAUCAUCAGAAAGCAUAGCUCCUACAGUGGAAAAAGAGCUAGAAAAACCUUUGGAAAAUGGCAGUGAAUUGCAGGAAGGGGAUGGUCUUACAGUUCCAACAAAAUUUAGCCUAUUUGAAAGGCAAGGUGAGAUAAAAACAUCAUUGGAUAGGAAACCAAGGACUGACAUUGCUACUCUAGAAAAUGGAGGAGGUGACUGUUAUGUUCCACAAAGGAUCGUAUUUCUUGGAGUAGAUGAAAGUGAAGCUUUAAGUGAAGAGAAGGAAAUCACCACACCAAAAUGUUCAAAUAAUAAAGAUAACAAGGACAGUCCUCAUCCAAAGCGUUCCCUAACUACCCGACUAGUACCUACAACGCAUGUAUUAAAUGCUACUGAGAAUAUCAGUAUGAAGUGCAGAGAGGGCCCCUCUUCAAUGAAUGAUGUCCAGCCAGUGAGGAAGCCUCAUUUUAAAGGUGUGAAAAAAAGAAAAUGGAUUUAUGAUGAACCAAAGAACUUUCCUGGCUCUGGAAUGCGGAGAGCUGUACAGCUCCAAAAUCCCAAAAAUAAAAUGAGUUACCAUCAUAAUAAUAAAAACCGAAAUGCUGAGAAUUCAGCUUAUAUCCACGUUCAAAGAGAUGCUGUCAGGACUGUCCCACUGAAUGCACCGCCCCGCAGCAGACCCCCGAGUGGAUCCUACCAUAAAGCUGAUGUUAACAAGGAACCCAAACUCAACCUCUGUUCAGACAAAUAUAUGUCAACUUCAUAUAAUGGUUCAGCCUGGCGAAAACGAAUUCCUUUUUCAAAACCUUAUUCAAAAACUGAAAAAAUAUAUCCAGAGCCAAGAAGAAAUGGUAGCAAGUAAACUUGGAGGUUGAGAGAAGAGAAAAAUGAGAAAAGAGAUAAGUGCCAGCCAUCAUCUGAUUUACAAUCAACAAUGAAAAUUCAAAGAAUGAGAUAUUCAAGUACUCCAUACUAUAUACUGGAUAGCCAAAGAUGAUAAAAUGCAAAUUCUGAAAAUAAGAUGCAGGAAGUACAUUGUGCUCUUUCAA